CUUAGUCUGCGUCAGUGCAAAGGGGUCAAUCACAAGAUUAGCACCUUGCUUAGGCGUUACAUCAGUUUAUUACAUUUUUUUCCUCAUUACUUUGACUUUCCCACUUCUCGCUCUUUGUAGUUCAGCCUCUACAGUAUGGUUAGCACAUGUCAUUGCAAUUGAGUUACAGGAGUGGAAUAUUGCAAUGCAUCACGCGGCCUCGGGACUGAGUCUGUGUCGACCCGCAGCCACUGAAUGAAGCAUCUUCCAGGGGAAGGAAAGGAGCAGGGGCAGCCAGAGAAGUGAAGAGCAGCUGGGCCAAAAUCUUGCCUGCUGUGGCAGAGUCUGAGACUCUGGACAAGUCAUCCUCAUGCCACUUGUAAAUAACAAAGUGGGAGAUGAUUGCACAGUCGGCACAGACAAGGCUUUGGCUGAUGGAAAAGCUCUGGUGGAUUCUUUGAUAAAGGUGGUGGCAUGUUACCGGCACUUGGCCUCAUGUGUUGGUGGCUGCACCGACAGCCUGCAGCUGCGGGAUGAGUUGCGGCAAACCAGAGAAAAGGCCCAAAAGUUGUCAGUUUCCAUCUGUCAACAUCUAACCUCACAUCUGCGGGACAAGAGUCUGCCUGAGGAGCAGCGUAAGGAGAUGGAGCUCCUCUGGGUGGCCUUCUCCUCCAGCCUAGAGCUCCUCCACAUCGACAUGUGUAAAGUUUUCAACAUGGGUGACAUCUUCUCUCCGGCCAACACUGCUGCCCUGGUGCAAACUGGCCUCCAAGGAGGAGGCAGUGAGGUAGCAGCUCGGGCGCUCAGCCUGCCAGACCUGAACCAGGCUCAGACUCCAACCCCCGCUGAUUGCCUGGAGAGCCAGGAGCGCAACACCAUGGAGAAGGAGAUCAGCCAAAUUGACCACAUGAUCGACGACAUGGAGAUGAAAGUCAACGUGUUGAGAUGGAUGGUGGAGCCCCACGGGCCGCAGUAUGCAGACCCCCUCAGCAGCACCGACAGCGCCUCCCUGGCUCUGCUCUCCGUUGAUGAGGAGCAGCCUGGACACCAGCCUCUAUGCCAGCGCAGUCACAUCUUUGUGCUCUUACUGCUGUUUGCUGUUGUUUUGUUGGCAGCCACUCUAUCAGUCUGUGUUGUCUUCUUCUCAUGAGCAAAACCUUAAUACACUCAACUUAUUUCUUCUGUAAAACCUCAGCAAGAUGCUAAGUAACACUGUUAAAAAAUGGCAAGCUAGCAAGCAAGUACAGUAGCUUUUUCUUAACAUACUCUUUCCAAAUAAAGUUACAUUUGGUAACAGCAGCUAAAUGAUCUACUUUUGUGUAAGAUAUUUGUCUAAAAAUACACUGAAAUAAAUCUGGAUGCAAACCAGUUUGCCAUUUAUUGCAGUGAAUCCAAAGCUGCCAUAUAUUUUAAGUCUUUGUUGAACAAAGUGACAAUAAAAAUACGUGGUUGCCAGUUAGAAAUUAUUUCAUAAAGUAAAAUAAUUAUCACAAUUAGGGACAGGUGAUUGAUUUUACCUACUCAACUGUAAAAAGAUAGAGCUUAUAUUUCCCUUAGUUCCUGUACAGUAUGUUCUCCUGACUAGUUUGUGAUACAUGACAGGAAGAGUUUCUGAAAUGUCAAAGAUGCUUGUCACAUUUUUUCCCUUGUUGCCAUGAAGAAGAUAUAGGUGCUGAUGCUUUGUAGCUGAUAUACUGUAAUAAGCAGAAUAUCCACUUCCAAUGACUGAAACUUUUUUUCGAUUCAGUGUUAUUGUGUAUAUAAUCUGUGCUGUAGAGACCUGACGGUGUAGUUAUGCUUAUAAAAGUAUCAACUUUGAUAUGACACUGUUGUUUUUCAGUCAUUUUUACUGAUUAGCACUUUAGUAAAUCACUGAUUCAGUGUAUACAAUGCAACAGGAAAUGUACAGACUUCAAAUGGC